AUGAUAUUUCUCUACGCCUUGUUGCAGUUGCCUACUUAUCCUGCUGCAAUGUUUCUUCGUGAUAGUGAUGGAGAGGAGAUGAGUCUUGUAAUGUAUUUCAAAGUUUCUGAGAAUUUUGAUAAAGACAUCUCUCCUCAAUUCCAAGACAGCAUCAAGGUGAAUCGACAUGCCGUGAUUGACAAACUUGACCUCUAUAAAGAAGACAUAGCUGUUAGAUUUAAGGAAUUUCAAGCAGCAGUCAAGACAACACUAUCAACGGAACAAAUACGUAAAUUUUUAGAAGCUAAUGGCCAAGACUUAUCUGGCUCUAAUGAUGCUCUUCUCCAAAGAUGCCAGGACUUGUUGUUCUAUGGACCAUUAGGGAAAUGCCCAAUUUGCAAUGGCAAUAAUUUGGAGUUCACUGGAUAUUUUUGUGAGUGUGGCACUUGCAUCUAUCGCUCAAGGUAUCCACCAAGGAAAAGAGGGCCCAUCAAGUACCCUAUUAGCAUCAUCAAGCAAAUCAACCCUCAUUUGAACCCUCGUUUCGACCCUCCUUAUGUGGAAGAUCAAGGGUUCUUCGGCCGUUUAUGGCCUGAAUUUAUUCCCCAACACGAUCCAUAUCGCCCGGCGGGUAACCGAGUGGAAAUGACACUAACUACAUAUCAAGACGAGGUGGAGAUCAAUGGCCGGAGGAUGAAGAAGAGAACUUUUUGGAUCUAUGUAAUGAUGUAAGGGGCGACUUUUCU